GGAACAGACAGAGGAGGAAGAAAGGGAGAAGGAGAGAAGUGACAUCACAUCUUCCAGCCCUUCUCUCCUCUCCUUCUCGGGGGCACCUUUGCUCCACUUCUCGCCGAGGAGGCGCGCGCAGUUCCUUUUUUUCCUCUUUUAUCGCUGUAAAAAAAAAAAAAAAAAAAAAAAAAAAACAAAAAAAAAAAAAACGGGGCUGGACCAUAAGGAAGGGUAAAAACAAGAUAAAAAAAAUUGACACCAUGAACAACAGUUUCCUGAACAUGGCGUCGAUAGGCGACUUCGACUCCCUCAACCCGUCCAUUCCUGCCACCAAAGUUGAAAUCACGGUGUCCUGCAGAAACCUGCUGGACAGGGACACCUUCUCCAAAUCAGACCCAAUUUGUGUUCUCUACACACAAGGCAUAGGCAACAAGGAGUGGAGAGAGUUUGGGAGAACAGAAGUGAUUGACAACACACUAAACCCAGACUUUGUUCGGAAAUUCAUUUUGGACUACUUCUUUGAAGAACGGCAGAACCUCAGAUUUGAUUUGUAUGAUGUUGACUCAAAGAGUGCCAACCUUUCCAAACACGAUUUUCUGGGCCAGGCUCACUGCACCCUCGGAGAGGUGGUUGGAUCGCUGGGCAGUCGCUUGGAAAAACCUCUUGGAGGCAUUCCGGGGAAGAAAUGUGGGACCAUCAUUGUGAAAGCUGAGGAGCUGAACAACUGCAGGGAAUCAGUAAUGAUGCAGUUUUGUGGAAACAAGCUGGACAAAAAGGAUUUCUUUGGCAAGUCUGAUCCCUUCCUGGUCUUCUAUAGGAGCAACGAGGACAGCACGUUUACCAUCUGCCACAAGACAGAAGUAAUAAAGAACACCCUGAAUCCUGUGUGGCAAGCCUUUAAAAUCCCUGUGCGAGCUCUUUGCAAUGGUGACUAUGACAGAGCGAUCAAGAUUGAGGUGUACGACUGGGACAGAGAUGGCAGUCACGACUUCAUUGGAGAGUUCCACACCAGCUACAGAGAAUUGUCAAGAGGACAGAGCCAGUUCAAUGUCUACGAGGUGGUAAAUCCAAAGAAGAAAGGGAAGAAGAAAAAAUACCUCAACUCUGGAACGGUAACACUGUUGUCAUUCCUGGUGGACAUUGAAGUUACCUUUCUGGACUACAUCAAAGGAGGGACCCAGAUUAACUUCACAGUGGCCAUUGACUUCACAGCUUCCAAUGGUAACCCAGCCCAGCCCACCUCCCUCCACUACAUGAGCCCCUACCAGCUGAAUGCCUAUGCCAUGGCCCUGAAGGCAGUGGGAGAAAUCAUUCAGGACUAUGACAGCGACAAGAUGUUCCCUGCGCUGGGCUUUGGAGCCAAACUCCCUCCUGAUGGGCGGGUGUCCCACGAGUUUGCCUUGAAUGGGAACCCUCAGAACCCAUACUGUGCAGGUGUUGAAGGUGUAAUGGAAGCCUACUACCAGAGUUUGAAGUCAGUUCAGCUUUAUGGACCCACUAACUUCUCCCCUGUCAUCAACCAUGUGGCCAGGUAUGCAGCUUCUGUGAAGGAUGGCUCCCAGUACUUUGUACUCCUGAUCAUUACAGAUGGUGUCAUCUCAGACUUAGCUCAGAGUAAGGAAUCUAUUGUCAAUGCCGCCUCUCUGCCAAUGUCGAUCAUCAUAGUCGGGGUUGGACCUGCAGAAUUUGACACCAUGAUUGAGUUGGACGGUGAUGAAGUCAGAAUUUCAUCCAGAGGAAGAUAUGCUGAGAGAGAUAUUGUUCAGUUUGUUCCCUUUAGGGACUACAUCGAUCGAACCGGUAACCACAUCCUCAGCAUGGCCCGGCUCGCCAAAGAUGUCUUGGCCGAGAUCCCUGACCAGUUCCUCUCCUACAUGCGGACCCGUGGGAUUAAGCCUUCGCCAGCGCCCCCUCCAUACACACCACCAGGGCAGCCCCUCCAAACCCAGAUAUAAGGAGCAGGGUUGAGAACUGUUUUUAGUCGCAGAGGUUUACUCGUGACAUACUUCCAUUUCCUUAAAGCCGCUCUCCAUGCCUUGUGGUCAUAGAACGCGGUGGCCUUUCCCGUGUUCACAAGCUGCACAUCGGGCCAGAGUAGAGACGCUUUUGAGGGAAAAGCCAACAAGAGUCUGUUUACUUCCACUGUCGAGCAUUCCUGUAAGUGUCUGGAUUUUUAUUGAUUUGUUUUGAUUGUUUUUUCUUCCUGGGGAACCUGGUAAGGCCUCAGAAAGAGCGGGUAACUGUAAGGAGAACAUGAAGGAAGAAAGGACAGGAAAAAAAUAAUUAAGGACCAAAUCUUUGGAAACAUUGUAAAGAGAAUGUCUCCAGAGAAACAAAAGGAAUCACUUGAUCUUAAAUGAGCACUAACUUCUGUAAAUAACUGGACAUAUGUAACUUCUCUGUCUCUUUCUCUCGCCAGCUCACUCACUGUUUACAGUAAAUGCUGUCCAGGAUUUUUACUGUUGAUACUUUUAUAUACAUAUAGUUUCAAUAUGAGCUUGUAAUAUUCUCUCUCACUUUCUCUUCCCUGGCAUUUCUGUCAGGUAGCAGCAGUGCAGGUCCCAGUAGCCCUUCUGUACUGUACCGUACUGUGCUGUACCGUACUGUACCGUAUUCUUGUGUUUGUAUUAACCUUUUGCAUGAGUGUAGCCUCAGUCAAGUGCAUGCAUUUAGUGGCCCUGCACUACCUCUUCUAUCCAUCUGUCUGUGGGAGGCGAGUGUCUGCUCAUUCGUCUCUUCACCAUGUCUGUCUUCCUCGCUCUGUCAUCUGUGCCUCUCUUUAAUUAAGUAGCUGUGUUUCCAUUCAACAUGGGUUUGCAGACGACGGUGGGAUUCAUAACCUUUCAUAUGCUCUAUAUAAUGUUAAAAUCUUCAUGGUAUCAGAUUCUGAUACGGAAAGAAUCAAUAUAUAUCAGAUAUUGGCAAAAUAAUGUAAUAUUGUGGAUUUAUAUGCUGAUGUCAAAGAAAUCUUUUCCCCUGUUAGAGAAGGUUCAUCAAAAGUACAGUGUAGACAUUUAUGAUCCCCAGGAUUACUGGCUAUAUAAAGAAUGACAAUAUUUCUUUUCCAGUUUACCACUUAUGCCUUCAAAAUGAACUCGUGAGUUUGUGAUUGAGAAGUUGUUAUGAACUUCUAACCAAAGACAGCAAAUGAAAAUAUUUGUAAAAACUUCAAGUUAGGGCAUUAAUACUGAAUUUUUAAUGAUCCCAAUAAGUAUUUCAUACAAAUAAUAUGAAUUGGAUUAAUUCAGAUUAAAUUACAUAUGUAUAAUAAUAAUUAUGCUAAUAAUAAAGAUGAUAUAGAAUAGUAGUUGGGUUACAGUGAAUUGGACUAGACUGUUUCUUUAAAAAGUACCUUGAGAUGACUGUGUUGUGAGUUGGUGCUAUGCUGAUAAAUUUUAAUUUAAUUUAAAUAAAAUGAUGGCAAAAAAAAGGGGGUAGAAAAUGUUUCAUAUGCCCUCUAAUUUGAUCUGUGCUCAAAUACGUGACUAACUAACGCUACCCCCAUUAAUCACACAUAGCUCUGCCAGCUAUUAACAGAGCUGUUAACUCUAAUAGUGGCUGGAUGACUGUUUAUCUGCAGACCAUCAGCGUGCUAAUCAUGUUAUUGUAAGUAAUAAACUAAUAUUAGCAUUAGUAUUAGCUUGCCCCCUUGAGGUCAAAUAAUGUGUGUUAUUAAUUUGUUGUGUGAUGUACUGCCUUUAUACCAGAUUUCAAAUGGUAAUUUAAAGUUUGUCAUUUGUGAGAAUCAAUAAAAGCAACUUAUCCUGCUCUUUGAGGCUCAUACUAACUAAAUCCAUUAAAAUCCAUACUGUUUUUAAUUUCCGCUGAGUAGGAGGCUCUGCUGCAACAGAAAAGCAUUAAAGGCAGCACUAUGUCACUCUACAGUUGUUUCUUUGCAUCAAGUAAUUAAAAAAACAGCUGAAACAAAGCAGCUAUCGUUGUUCAAGACUCAACAUACCCAACUCUUUUUUUUUCUCUUCUUUAAAAGA